GCGCCAUGGAGACGAAGCGGCUCGCGGGCGGGGGAAGCGAGGCCGCUGCUGGCGGAGGGCGGGUGUUCGCCUUUCCCCUCCCCAGUCCCUCCUCCGUCAGGGCUCUUCGCUGGCCGUGGCAUUGCUGGUUGUCGCAGCGAAGAGGCGCCCCGCGGCCCUGCUUAGUCCCGGAGGCGGCUCCUUCGGGCGUCCUUGCCCCUGUCACCUGCCCCCUGGGUCGCCUCCAAAGUGGCUGCCCGGGCCGCCGCUGUUCCCCCAAAAGUCAAUGGGGGAGUUAAUGAAAGGAGGUAGAAGGAGCACAGACAAACGCUAAACGGCGGAGAUAAGGAAGAAAUCCUGCCUUUUGUUUCAGUGGAGACGGGAAAAGAGCUGGAGAGCCGAGGUGCAGAGACAAAGAACGGCUGCUCGAGAUGUCAGGAGCUGAAAAAGAGACGCCUAGACCAGCGGUGAGAUUAAAUGAGAAAUAACGGCGGCCCCUGAGAGAUGGAGUGAGCACAGAGGAAUUGCAGUAGGAUGAAAGUGAACUUCUACGAACGGACCAAAGACCGUAUUGAAAACAUUGGGAUCAGACAAUUAUAACGAUUUUAACAUCACGGGACACAGCUGAUUGGAACCAUGUUACUCAAGCCAGUGCUUGUAGAAUCUCUGGUUGUUUUCACCAUUGUGCUGUGUGUGCACAUGGUGGUGUGGGAUCGGUAUUCCUGGUGCGCUAUUGCUCUUGCCAUUCAGGCUUUUUACGUCCAGUUUAAAUGGGACCGUCUCCUCCAGUUGGGUGGAGCAGUUUUCCAGUUCCGGACAACAGCUAAUAGCGGCCUUCUACCAGCUAGCAUGGUCAUUCCACUGUUGGGGAUUGUGAUGAAAGAGAGAUGCAAGACGUCUGGCAUUGUGUAUUUUGAACGUUUUGGCAUAGUUGUGGCCUCCACUGGCAUGGUGAUAGCCCUCUUCCUAUCUGUAAUAGCAGUUGGCAUCACAAAACCUGUGCCAACUAAUACUUGCAUACUUUCUGGUGUUGCUGGAAGCUUAAUCAUCUACACCAUGAAACAUUCUUUGACUGUUUCUGAAGUGGUAGAGGUCCUGGAAGUGCUGCUUAUUUUUGUCUACCUCAGUAUGAUCCUGUUGUACCUAUUGCCCCGCUGCUUCUCUCCUGGGGAAGCAUUACUGGUCCUUGGGGGCAUAAGUUUUAUCCUCAACCAGCUCAUUAAGCGCUCAUUAAAUGUGAUAGAGGGCAGAGGAGAUCCUAUAGACUUCUUCCUUCUGGUGUUAGUGGUUGGUGUGGUCCUUCUGGGGAUUUUCUUUACUGUUCUUUUCCUCUUCAUGGAUUCAGGAACUUGGACCUCUUCCAUGUUUUUCCACUUGAUGACAGCAGUGCUUGGCCUGGGGGUCAUCAUGCCUUGGCUUUACCGGCUCAUCCGAAGGAAUCCUUUGUUUUGGUUGCUCCAGUUUCUGUUUCAGACGCAGACAAGAGUUUACCUUCUCGGGUACUGGACCUUGUUGGCUGCCUCUGCGUGCACUGUGGUUCUCUACCAGAAUGCCAAGAGAUCAUCUGAAUCUAAAAAGCACCAAGCUCCAACCGUAAUCAGAAAAUGCUUUCAUUUCAUAGUGGUGGCUACUUAUGUCCCUGGGCUAAUUUAUGACCCUCAGCUUCUCUAUGUUGCUGCAGUGUUAUGCUUGGCAGUGUUUAUCUUUUUAGAGUAUGUGCGGUACUUCAGGAUCAAGCCAUUUGGCCAAAUGCUCAGGCACUUGCUCUCUCUCUUUUUGGAUGAACGUGAUAGUGGACCUCUGAUCUUAACUCAUAUUUACCUUCUUCUUGGGAUGUCCCUUCCCGUGUGGUUGUUCCCUAGACCUUGUGCUCACAAAGGUGUCUUGUCUGGGACAGGUGCAUUGGUUCCCUAUUCAGGGGUCCUGGCAGUAGGGGUGGGAGAUACCAUAGCCUCAGUUUUUGGCAGUACAAUGGGAGAAAUCAAAUGGCCUGGAACAAAGAAGACAUUUGAAGGGACAAUGACUGCCAUUUUUGCUCAGAUCAUUGCUGUGGCUCUUAUUCUGAUCUUUGACAUCAAUGUGAAUCUAAACUCCAGCUAUGCUUGGAUUUUAGGUUCUAUCAGCUUAGUUUCCCUUUUGGAAGCCUACACUACCCAAAUAGAUAAUCUCUUCUUGCCCCUCUACCUCCAGAUACUGCUUAUGGCUUAGUGAUGGCAAGGAACAGUCACUUUCCUUUUUCCAAAUAAGAAUGGCAACAGGAUACGCAUCCCAGUCAAGGGAUCAACACAGGCAGUCUGGUACAAAAUACUAUAUUUGGUACAGCAGAUAAAAUGGCUGAAGACAGAAAUGGAUUAACUCUUCUAAUGUCAAUUAACAAUAAAGGUAAAGGCUUCUGUUGGUCCUUUUACUUUUAAUAACUAAAGCAGCACCAGUUGCUACAUCUUCCCAUACGAGUAAUAGGAAACCAUCUACCUGAUACUCUGAUUCAAAUUGUGGGUGACAAUUUAGAUACUAAAUCACAAAGGGCACCUGUACAUGCCAUGGGAUUUAAUCCUCAUUAAAUUAAGCUUAAAUUUUAUAAACUUAUUUGUUUAUUUUGGAGCGUUGCAUCAGUGUUUGCACGUACUAGGUUUUCAAACUAAUUAAGUCCAGUCCCUGGCUGGUGCUUCAGGAGAGCAGGACAGUCCCACACUGCUCCUCAUGCCCUGCCAUGCAGCUGUGGGAGCAGGGAGCCAGCACAUGGCACAAGGAAAAAAUAAAUAAAAGCAGCAGC